AUGUUGUCGAAUCAGUUGCAGAAUGGAAUGGAGACCGCUAAUCUGUUGUGGUCUCGGAUACCUAACUCGGAGGACGGGGAGCUCGAUGGAGGGACGCUAUUGAGCACCAGCGAUGGCGGAAAUGUUGAAAGUCUUGAUUAUGAAGUAAUUGAGAACUACGAGUAUCGAGAAGAGCAGGCACAAAGAGGGAAGCUUUACGUUGGAUUUAUUGUAGUGGUGAAGUGGUUCUUUGCUUUGCUUAUUGGAAUUGGUACUGGAUUGGCAGCUGUUUUCAUCAAUAUAUCGGUGGAGAACUUUGCCGGCUGGAAGUUCUCGCUGACGUUUGCAAUAAUACAGAAGUCAUAUUUUGCUGGCUUCGUACUUUAUGUACUAAUCAACCUGGCUUUAGUUUUUUCAUCUGUAUAUAUCAUCACCCACUUUGCACCUGCUGCAGCAGGGUCUGGUAUCCCAGAGAUUAAAGGUUAUUUAAAUGGGGUUGACAUCCAUGGUAUUCUACUCUUCAGAACCUUGAUCGGAAAGAUAUUUGGAAGCAUUGGUUCUGUGGGAGGUGGUCUUGCUUUGGGCAAGGAAGGUCCUCUUGUUCAUACCGGUGCUUGCAUAGCUUCAUUGUUUGGACAAGGUGGGACUACAAAAUAUCAUGUAAGUUCCCGAUGGUUACAAUUUUUCCAAAGUGAUCGUGACCGUCGUGAUCUGGUAACCUGUGGGUGUGCAGCUGGAGUAGCUGCUGCUUUUAGAGCUCCAGUUGGUGGCGUAUUGUUCGCAUUGGAAGAGGUUACAUCUUGGUGGAGGAGUCAACUUAUGUGGCGUGUCUUUUUCACUUCUGCUAUUGUGGCAGUUGUUGUACGUACUGCCAUGGGAUGGUGUAAGAGUGGAAAGUGUGGGCACUUUGGCUCAGGGGGCUUCAUUAUAUGGGAUGUUUCAGAUGGUCAAGAAGACUACUCUUUUGAGGAGUUACUUCCGAUGGCAUUUAUUGGAGUGAUUGGUGGUCUGCUUGGUGCCUUAUUCAACCAACUCACUCUAUAUAUAACUUACUGGCGUCGAAACCAUUUACACAAGAAAGGAACCCGAGUUAAGAUAAUCGAAGCAUGCCUGAUCUCAGUCAUAACUUCUGCUGUUUCUUUUGGACUUCCACUCCUGAGAAAGUGUAGCCCGUGCCCAGAAUCUGAUACCGACUCUAGCAUUGAGUGCCCCCGCCCUCCAGGCAUGUAUGGGAAUUAUGUCAGUUUCUUUUGUGGCAAGGAGAAGGAGUAUAAUGACCUUGCAACAAUUUUCUUCAACACUCAGGAUGACGCAAUCAGGAAUCUGUUUAGUGCAAAGACGAUCCAUGAGUUCAGUGCACAAAGUUUAUUGACAUUUCUGGUUAUGUUUUACACGCUAGCAGUGCUCACUUUCGGUACAGCAGUUCCUGCUGGUCAGUUUGUUCCUGGAAUAAUGAUAGGGUCGACAUAUGGACGCCUUGUUGGAAUGUUUGUUGUCAAUUUCUACAAGAAGCUCAACAUUGAGGAAGGAACGUAAGUUCCUCCAACAAGUCUAGAUAUAUUCUCUUCGCACAAAUCCAUUGUUUUGGUGUUCAAUUUCUCUUGCCAUAAAAUUUGCGUGUUGGCUUUUAUCUUUUACUUUUAAUCGACCUGACUUGGCUGCAGAUUUUCCUUUCCAAUAAUUUUUACUUAAUUUAUUUCUUGGUUUUGUUGCUAGGUAUGCGUUACUUGGAGCUGCAUCUUUCCUUGGAGGUUCAAUGAGGAUGACAGUCUCUUUAUGUGUCAUUAUGGUUGAGAUCACCAACAACUUGAAACUUCUGCCUCUUAUAAUGCUCGUGCUCCUUAUAUCAAAGGCCGUUGGUGAUGCUUUUAAUGAAGGCCUUUAUGAAGAACAGGCAAGAUUAAAGGGCAUUCCAUUGCUGGAAUCUAAACCAAAAUACCAGAUGAGGACUAUGACCGCAAAGGACGCUUUUGGAAAUCAGAAGGUUGUUUCCCUUCCUCGUGUUGCUAAGGUUGCAGAUAUAGUUUCCAUCUUGCGUAGCAGUAAGCACAAUGGAUUUCCUGUAAUUGAUCAUAAAAGGAAUGGAGAGACGCUUGUAGUUGGGCUUAUGCUUCGCAGUCAUUUACUAGUACUUCUUCAGUCUAAGGUAGAUUUCCAGCACAGUCCUUUGCCGUUUGAUUCUCUAAGUGGAUCAAGACCAAUCAGUCACAAUUUCACCGAGUUUGUGAAACCUGUUUCAAGCAAAGGAAUUUCAAUAGAGGAUAUUCAUUUGAGUUCGGAUGACUCGGAAAUGUACAUAGAUCUUGCACCCUUUCUGAACCCCUCUCCAUAUGUCGUCCCAGAAGAUAUGUCUUUAACAAAAGUAUAUAAUCUCUUUCGUCAACUAGGAUUACGGCAUUUGUUCGUUGCCCCUCGGCCUUCUCGCAUUGUUGGGCUAAUUACAAGAAAGGAUUUGUUGAUUGAGGAUGGCGAGGACACAGCCAAUGUGGAGCUCCAAUCAACUAGUGUAAGACUCCAUCGUCAUGACCCGAGAGGACCAGGCACAUCUGUUAGGAGUCUGGACGUGGAGCGACCACUUUUAAACGGUCUUCUGGCUCAAGAUCGCCCGUCAAAUUGAAGUAGUCACCCUCUCAAUCCUCACAAGAUUAUGAUUGACAUUCUUUUCCUCUCCCACUCGGCUUUCUAUUCGUAUUUUCUGGUUUAAUUGGGUGGCAACUACUUGUUUUUCUUGAGCUCUUGCGUCCCCUGCUUAUAAAUGUGUUUUAGGUUAUACAAGGGGAUCCUUGGUCCAUUGUUGCCCCAUAGAUCAGGCUAAGGUCAAAAUGAUCCCCGUUGAGACAUGAACCACACCCGGCAGUUUAGAUACUGUUGUACUGUAUCCAGUGGUUUGAAGCAAAAAGUUGACAGAAAAUUUCAAUCGGAUGAGAUACCAUAGUUUGCUGCAUCGUUCAUGGGUUUUAGUCAAAUCAAUGUUUCAGGAAGGAGUUUGUGUGACUAUACGUCCAUUCACUGGCCAUUGCAAUUGGCAAAUGGCAAUUGAACAAAUGAAAUACUAUGUUAGUGCU